CUACUCUCAGCGAGAUUGUAUUUUGUUGACGAAAUAGCAGACGAUGAAUAAUAGUGCAGACUUUUGGCAUGCCGUGGACCUUCUAAGUCGCCACUUAUGUGUCCAGUGGCGGCAAACGAAAAGAAAGGAAGACCCGAAGAAUACUCAGGAGGCGCAAUCGGUUUUAUUUGUCAAUGAAAGGGGUGACAUUCUGAAGAAGAUCGAAAAAGUUAUCCUUCAAAUGACACAAUCUAUAUCCAAAGGUGAUGCACCUAUCUUCAGCUACACAAACAAGUCGUCAUGGGACAGUGUCAGGUUUGAAAACAGCGUCGGUAUUGAGCCUGCAAAAGAUCAAAAGUUGUCUCAUGUACGAUUUGACAGUCUCCAAUCUGUAAAGAAGUUUGGUUUAAUGACAAGAAUACUGUCCAUCAUCUAUAAACUCAUUCAGCAGAAUAAAUAUUGUACCAAACGUGAUCUUUACUAUCAAUAUCCGGAGUUGUUCGGGAGUCAGACAACUUUGGACAAUCUGGUGGACAACGUCGCCUGUCUACUAGAAACACCACGAUGGGAACUACAUGUGCUGGCUACGUGCAAAGGCAGUGUCGCAGGCGAUGUGCAGUUUUACAGUGACCAGGGCCACUUCGUUGACUGCAGCAUCACGAGGACAGGGAUCCCGGUUCCAGCUCAUAUGAAGGACAUGCAGAACAUGACCACACAUGCCAGGCUUGUCCUAAUUGUGGAGAAGGAUGCAACUUUUCAGAAACUACUGGGGGACCAGUUUUGUCAGAAGUUCGGGCCAUGCAUCAUGAUUACUGGUAAAGGUUUUCCUGACCUUGGAACCAGGCUUCUGUUGAGGGCUCUGUGGGACAGGUUCCAGCUCCCCAUGUUUAUUCUGGUCGAUGCUGACCCUCACGGUAUAGAGAUAAUGUGUGUGUACAGAUUCGGAUCCAAGGCACAAGCGGCAGAAAACAGACACCUUGCUGUGCCAAGUAUGAAGUGGCUAGGAAUUUUACCAAGUGACCUAGGCCGGCUUAAUAUCCACGAGUCGGUGUGUAUACAGUUCACCAAGAAGGACAUGGACAAGGCCUCGGAACUGAUAGGACGACCCUAUGUGCUGGCAAAUCCACCCCUCGCCACACAGGUUCAACACCUGCUGCAGCUGGGUCAUAAGGCUGAAAUCCAGUGCCUGGACUCCCUGUCUCCAGCAUAUCUCUGUGAUGUCUACCUGCCUUCUAAACUCCAGUGUGGGGCCUGGCUCUAACUCGCUAGAAAGCUAAAUCUAUGUGUGAUGUCGGCCUGGCUCUAACUCGCUAGACAGCUAAAUCUAUGUGUGAUGUCGGCCUGGCUCAUACUCGCAGACACCUGAAUCUAUGUUUGAUGUCUACCUGCCAUCUAAACUCCAAUGUGGGGGCUGGCUCUAACUCGCUCUACAUCUGAAUCUAUACAGAACCUCAAAAGAAACGUCACUUAAUGAAAAUACUUCCCACUAAAAUAUCAAUGCAUUUUUGGAGGUAUCUCGUCUUUCACAUUAGUCAGUAUCCAGUGUUAACGGUCAAAAAGUGCCACAAAUAUGGAUAUAAUGGGUCGCUAAAACGCAGCUUAACAAACGACCAUGGUACAAGUUGCUGAAUGCUUUGCAUGAAAAGCAAAAUUCCCUUGCUUUUCCUUGUGCCUUUUCUGAUAAACGGCAUCACAAUAUGAGGAUCCUUGUAUUGAUACUAGCGCCAUGCCAAUCAGAGAAACAGGGUUUGGAAGACCCAUGCUGUUGGUGACCUGGUAUCGUUGCUGUAAUCUGUGGAUGGUUCUCACGUGUGGACAUUAAAGGCAUUGGCAACCAUUAGUGUAGCCAGGCCAGCAUGCAGUAGUCCUAAAACCGGGUUUCUCUGAUUCUUCGUGCUUUGAUAUUUCAAUACGAAACUCAUGAAUUAUUUUCAUGAAGUGACGUUUCUUUUGCGGUCCAGUAUAUUUGUGAUAUACACAUCAACAAUCCACCAAACCAGACAACUGUUCACGUGUAUCUCCCUUGUUUGUGCCCAUGUGUUCCGUGCUCCCAUAUUUAAUAUGAACUUGGCAUAUAAUGAGACAAAUUGUCAGAAAGCGAAACAUAAAUCACGUUAUGAUGCAUCAAGUGUCUAUCCCCGGUCAUGUACGGCAGUAUACAAAACCAGUCCCAACAUCAAGGCGUGAAAACUUAACCAGUAGAUGUUAACUUCCAACGUGAUUGUUUCCUUGUUCAGGGUGUUUCGUGGUUUCUAGUUUCAGUAGGCUGUUUAGUGAGUGAAUGUUGUUUUAUGCUGCAAUGUACAAUAUUCAUCUUUUCCACGGCCUGUAAAUAACAGAGUCUGAUUCAGGUAAACGCACUUCACGAACAUUGUUCACAAUGAUAUGGUAAGUCCUCUACCUUAUCUCGGUUAGACUGAAUGUUAGACUUGAAUCUCUAGGGUUGGUUUUAAAGGCCAGAUUGCACUCACAACAGCCUCUACAAAUGGACUAUAGCAUAAGUCGACUUAGCCUUAUCCCACUUGAUGUAUGAUAAUAUUAAGUGAUCUGUCACAAGCACAUAGCGACAGAUAAGAUAGGACAGGUUUGGAGUAGGGUACUUGACUCUUGUAGCCUUACCAUGGGAAUAUAUGCUUGAACACGAUACAAGAGGGUAUAUCGGGGCCUGCUAAUACAUGGGGCCAUAGAGAAAUAGAGUUCAGACCACAAACAUGGUUGAAAUAGCAUAUAUUGAAAACACGAGUUUCUUGUAUAAUUUCCCACUCUGUUGACAAUCUAUAAAGUAAAUGCAUUAAAAAAUCUCUAAGGGGAUACGAACAGUUGUUGGUUCUUUUGAACGCAACUCCUGUCAAAUUCCCUCUUGUGGGAUUACCUCCCUUUGAUUAAGUUUCUCAAUCAUUUCGUGUUUAGGUGAGUUGAGAUCUAACAAGACUCUCUGAGUUGUAACGCUGAUUGUGACUGCAGUGGUCGGUGUCAUGCUUGCAAAUAAAUACAUCUGACACUUAUUUUAAAAGAUUGAUGUAUCUGAAAGACCGCCCAUCAAGAUCAAUCUGGAUUAUGAAUAGGUUGGUUUCGUCUAUUAAAUUGCAAAAAAAAGUCUACCUAGCGAGCUAACGGGGUGUCAUAAUUCAUCUCGACAACGAGAGGCGUCACAUCCGUCACUCUCGACAUAUUUAUACUACAGCAGCACGAAAUAAAUUAUUUCAACAUCUCCGUCACCCCCCCC